AUGCCUCCAUCCAUAUAUCCAUCCAUUCUCUAUCCAUCCUUUAUCCAUCCGUCCUCUAUCCAUCCAUCCGUUCAUCCAACCAUUCCGUAUGUUUUCGUCCAUCCAUCUAUCUAUCUAGCCCGUAUCUAUCCAUCGUGUAAGCAUCCAUCCUGGAUCCAUCCACCCAUCUAUCCAUCCAACCAACCGUUCAUCCCGUAUCCAUCCAUCUUCUAUCCAUUGAUCCAUCAAUCCAUCUUGUAUCCGUCAAUCCAUCCAUUCCUCUUCUAUCCAUCCAUCCUGAAUCCAUACGUCCAUCCAUCCAACCAACCAUCCAUUCUGUAUCCAUCCAUUUUCUAUCCAUACAUCCAUCUAUACAUCCAACUACUCACUCCAUCCAACCUCCAGUGCUUCCAUCUUUCAUAA